AUGGACUGCCAAAGUUCAUAUGCAAGUUCUGUUGGAGUUGUUAGGUACCGUGUUGAGAUGAUAGCGGUGACUAGAGAAGAAUCGAGUGUCUUUGUUGCCUUUGAUUCAGCUAUGACUAAGCUCACCAAUGUAAGGGCCACAAAAGAUUCUAACCCUAUGGGAAACAAUCCUGACAACGAUAUGUCUGAAGCAAGUUGUACUUCUUGCAAGUAUCGUGUCUGUAAUUCCUCCUCAAGAGACACUCAUCCUCCUGAAGCUAAAGACCAGACCAUUGGACCUACAAAUGCUGAGCAAGUAGUAUCAAACACCGACCAAGUGGAGUCCAAUGGUGAGAAUGCUGAUCCACAAGGAUCACCACCAGGCAAACCCAUCUAA